AUGGGUAGAAAGGCUGCGAGUGUACAAAGCGACUCUGAUCGCUUGGAGCCGAAGUUAGUGCGAGCUGUCGAGGCAAACAGUGUCUCGGAGGUGAAGACUGUAAUCGAAGAAGCGCAAGGGCGCAAUCAAUGCAACGAUGUCUUCCUGGGCGUUGGUCUGAUCAAGGCUUGCGACAAGAACCUCCCGGCCGUUGCUCGCUUUCUGCUCGAAAACGGAGCCAAUCCAGACUAUGCCUCAGCAAACAAACCAGCGAGCCUGCUUCGUGCAGCUGACUUCGGUCGCAAGGAGAUCGCAGAGGCUCUCAUCGACCAUGGAGCUAAUCUGGAAGCUGGAGACAAGAAAGGCCGCACAGCACUUAUGACGGCUGCCUACAAAGGACAGUUAGAGAUGGUUGAACUGUUGGUAGCUCGGGGGGUCCAGAUUGAGACUCGAGAUCACAGGCAACGGAAUGUCCUACUCAAUCUCGCCGCUGACAAAGGCUUGGUCAGAAAGCCUGGAAGUAAGCCUGCCCGCAAAUGGAGCAUGGAGGUCGUUCAUUACCUCUUACAAGCAGGCGUCGAUGUCGAAGCUCAAGACGAAGAUGGUCGAACACCUCUGCACUGGUGUUGUGUCACCGAUCUUGAAGACCUCCUACGUGCGCUUCUGACUUCUCGUACGAAUGGUGCAGCUCCAAAGGCGAACGUCAAUGCGAAGAAUGAUCGUCAGAUGACUCCCAUACAAUUCGCCGCUUCUCGAGACCAUGGACAUCUUGUGCGGAUAUUGUUGGACCAUGACGCAGAUGUGCUCAACAGGUCAGAUGGAGGUUGGACCGCUUUGCAUAAUUCCUGCACACACGGCUCGGAAGAUCUGCUUGAGCUGCUACUUACGGCAGGAGCUGAGAUCAAUGGCGAGCUUAUGAAUGGCAGAACUCCACUUCAUGUCGCUGCAGAGACUGGCAACAGGGAUGCUGUCGCUUUUCUUCUCCAGCAAUCGAGCUGCAAGUCGGCGACGAGGGAUCGCUUUGGCAACACUCCGCUUCUACUGGCUGCUCAACACCGACAUAAAGACAUCGCGGAAAUGCUCGCACCCUGGAACCAUCUCAACGAGCUGUCUGAAGAGGAACUCGAUGCAUGCAAGAAGUUCCGAGCAAAGAUAGUGGACUUCGGGGACUUUCCCAAUGGCAACCGGGUCAUGCAGAACCCUCCCACAAUCUACGAUCUGCUGUAUGCCAAGAACCCUGGACGUGGCAUGGAACACUUAUGGACCACCAUGCCGAAGAAGAUGAAAGCUACGAAUGUGCGAUGGAUUCAUUUGCCUGCGAACAACGUUGCUUGGUGCGAUGCUUUGCUCAAGAAGCGCUUCAUUGAAGAGGAUGUCGCCGAUGUGGACGGUUACAAAGCUCUGGAGACUUCUUUCAACCAUCAGCAUCGUGGCCAUCAUCAUCACUCUCGCUUCAUGCGCCCUAUGUGCCAAGUUGUGCGUCGUGCAGCUGGUGACGAGGAUUCGUCUGUGCUUGCAAGCUCGACCCUUGCGCCGCAGUCGAAGAGGGUCCCUAGAUCAAGCUUGAACACUGUCUCAGAAGCAACUCCGGAAGCCAAGUCUACGAAGCAGGGCGGUGAUCAACCACUGUUACCCAACCUUGAACGUCGAAAUUCACCGCCUACCAUCUCCGGCGCGGAGUCCAGCAACGAACAGAAUGCAGCCAAGACAGGAAACAGACCACAAAGUCCACGAACAGACUCAACAUCAACGGCCGCAACUCCCCAACCCACAGGUGCUGGAAGACAGCGCGGUAAGCCUGGUAAGCAACAAGUGAAGCGUCAGGAGACAGCUUCAACUGUCUCAGCCUCGGAGAGUGGCAGCACUGGCCAAGCGAACGGUCACACCAGCACCACGGGCUCUAAGACCAACAAGACCUCGAGGAGGCCAGUGACGGGCAGAGCUUCCAGAAGCGGCACGAACGUCACUGCUGAUCGAGUGUCGAACUCGUGCAAUCUGUUUAUGUUCAUGCCCUACUUGCACUUCGAAACACAUCGUCGCAGGAAAGAGAUGCAGCGUGCGUUGGAGCACCCAGAUCAUCUUCGAGGUCUGAGCAUGCACGCCGAAGCCGACGAGAUCUUGAUCCGUGCCCAUCUAUCGAAGUCUAGCUCCUUUUUACAUGUGAGGAGAACACUUGACCAAUUCUUCUACCACAAUAUCGACACGAGAUACCGUGACGAGGACCAAGUGGUCUUCCGAUUCCAACGCGAUCUUCGCGAUGCACCAGAACCGGAUCCAAAGAUCUUCAUGGUUGACCAGUUGUGGAUGUGGAUCGUGGGACGUGAUCUCAUCGUCACAAGCUUUCCACAAAGAUGGAAGCAGCCUCGCAAUGACCCACUAGACGUUUUCGAGGGAAUUGUAGAGGACAUCAACUCCAUCAAGAUGCGAGAUCCCGUACAGAAUGUGUACGAGCUGGCCAUGACCAUCGCAGGACGAUGUUUCGGCACCUUUGACAGACACAGGAAGAACGACGAUGGCUUCCAGUUCCUCGAUAUGUUCGGGGCGUCACUGGGCGUGGCCAUGGAUCGUGAAGCCAAGCGCUUUCAGGAGUUCUCAAGGGCAUCAGAACAGGCCUCGAUCUGGUUAAGGAGCCACAAGAAGCCCAACAAGAUCCUCCGUAACCUCGAAGUAGAAUCCAAAGUCCAUCACCACGUCGCCAAAAGAAUCGACAAAUCUGAGUCAAACGAGUACGACGACCCCGAUACAGAGUUCAUCGACAAGCUCCUUGAUGUCGGUCCUGAAACAGACCUCCUAGCAGAGAUCAAGGACAUUCGCGACGAACUGGAUAUCCUCAAGAUGGUUCUUCGACACCAAGAAAAUCUUCUCCCAGACCUACAAAAAGCCAUCACAACCCUCUACCACGAUGACCGCUCCUUGGGUGCAAUCCGAAAAGUCACCAGAACUUUCGAAGAACAAGAGAAGACCAUCUCCAACCCACUAAAAGACAUCGAGCGCAUGGAAGAACAAGCCAAACGCAUCUACGAAUCAAUCCGCGAUCUCCUCGACCUCAAGCAAAAACACGCCAACGCCUUCGAAGCGCGCUUCGCACGCGAACAGGCUCUCGGCGCACAGCGACAGGGACAAACGAUUAUGGUCUUCACCAUCGUCACCGUCAUCUUCCUCCCCUUAUCCUUCAUCGCCGCCUUCUUCGCUAUCAAUGUCGAGUCCUUCCCGCACAAUGCUGCUAGCGGACAGCCAGAGAUGAGUCUGGGGUACGUAUCUCAGUAUAUCUUCGGGAUUGGGCUUGCGAUCUCUAUCCCUUGUAUAGCGAUUGCGUUAUCUGUGGAUGAGUUGAGUUAUACUAUGAAGAGGGUGAGAUUGAGGCUGAGGCAGUGGUGGCCUAGGCGGAGGGGGAGGGAGGAGGUAGAGUAUGAGAGGCAGACUUUGAAGAUUGAGCAUACUUUGUCUGUGGCGAAGAGUUUGAGGAGGAGUGGGGACGUUACUUGGAAAGACGCUUCGAUGGAUGUGCCGAGGAGGAGUGGUGUGUAUCAGAGGAGAAGGCCUAGUCUGUGGGAUGAGGAGGCUGCCAGGCGGAUGUGA